AAAAUUGAUGCUGCUAACAAAUGGAGUACCAUAUUGUAUUCAAUGGUUAGGGGUAUUUGUUAACCCCUUGCCACCUACCAAGCUGCUUUUUUGGGGGGGAUCUAUCAGUUUUCCAAAUAUUUAAUGACCUAUCCCAUAGUUAUAUACACAGAACCUUUGUAGGUGGCAGGUAGUAACCUCGUCCUGGUCUCUACUGUCUGGAGAUAAUAGAAUAGAACACUUGGGUGUAUUUAGCUCUGACGCGGUGGUUUUACAAGCAGCUUGCAUGGCUUUAACAGCCUCAAUUCAAUUUUAGGGCUUGCGAUAGGUUGCUGCCAAGUGCCCUGCAGGCCUGUUUGGCAACGCUAGAGUUAAAGAUUAGAGUACUGCAGAGAACUUAAACCUUUGCUCCCGGGAGCUUGCAAUCUGUUGCCUGCUGGUUAGCAUUCCUGUUGGAAGCUGCUCUGAAGGGUGCCUUGGUCUCCACAUUGGGAGCAGAGUUUUUUGAACAGCCCUGGACUCUGUCUGUUAUCACUAUGUGUGUGAUUUGUGUCAACAACUGAGCCUCCUCGUCACUGCGAAAAAGUCUCAGCCGUGUGCAGGCAGAACCCAGGCAUUAUGGGGAGAUAGGAGGCUGUCAGCUUUGUGGGUACAGCAUCCGAAACACCUCUAGGACAUGCUGAUACAUGGAGACGGCAGUGGGCACCUCUAGGAACGGUGACUCAGGGAUUUCUGAUUCCUCCCGCACUAACCCAUUGUUGAAACUAUGAAAAGAGGCACCGGGAUUUAGCUGCCUGGGGGUUCGAUUCUUCGCUAGCAGCGUCCGGGGCAGCUCAGGGCACCCCUAUGUUUCUGGGGGAGGAACUCAGGGUCCAGCGCCCCGCUGGAAGGCAGAGAAACCGUCGCUUCUGUUGGAGGCAAGCACUGGAAGAGUUAUUUUGUUGCAUGCAGAGACAGAAGUCUAGGGAGAGGGGUCCCGGCGAGAAGAGAGCUUGCGAGCUGCUCAUUGAGAACAAGGAGUAUGGUGGAGACGGAAUGAGCUCUAAGCCCAAAGACUGCGUCAGGAAUGAGGACAGCUUAGGUGAAGACCUAGCCAUUUAAUGGAGCCGAAUGGGCAGUUCUCUGCAUCAUGUGACCCUUCCUUGUGGGAUGACAUGGAUUUGGAGGCCUUAGAGAGCAAUCACAGUCCUGCCCCAGACAAUCUGUAUGAGAGAGAAGGCUGUACGAGCCGAUGCCCCACUGCACAACAAGGACACCCGGAGAAAGCCGAACUGCUCUCCCCUGAUUUGAAGAGGUCGCAGCCAUUGCUCAUUCAGAGCCGUAAGUGGGGGAGAUUACGAGAUGAGGAAUCACGAUCAGCAUCACUCCCUGACAUCCCAAACCCGUUCCCAGAGCUCUGCAAUUCUUCCCCCAUCCUAAAUAACACCCCAAGUGGUCGCUCCCCAAAGGAAGGGGGUCCUCAUGUAGUAAAGGUGUACAGCGAAGAUGGUACAUGCCGAUCCUUAGAAGUGACAGCUGGGGCUACUGCAAGACACGUGUGUGACAUGUUGGUGGAGAGGGUGCACUGCCUGAGCGAUGAGAGUUGGUCUCUAAUGGAGCUGCAUCCACAUUUGGGGCUCGAGCGCUGCCUUGAAGACCACGAGUCAGUGGUAGAAGUCCAGGCAAUGUGGCCAGUGGGCGGAGACAGCAACUUUAUCUUCCGUAAAAAUUUUGCCAAGUACGAACUGUUCCGUGGUUCCCCUUAUGCUUUGUUUCCCGAAGACAUGGUGGGAGGGAAUCUGGAGGCGCAGAAAGGUCUGACGCACUCGGAGCUGGUACAGAACUUCCUGAAUUCGGGCAGCUGGCCAGAGAUCCAGGGCUACUUGCAUAUGAAGGAAAGUAGCCGCAAGGUGUGGAAGCGCUUCUUCUUCUUCCUGCGGCGGUCGGGCCUGUAUUACUCUACUAAAGGAACCUCCAAGGAUCCCAGGCAUUUGCAGUAUUUUGCCGAUGUGAAUGAGUCCAACCUUUACUGCCUGACCCAGGGCAAGAAGAUGUAUAGCGCCCCCACUGAGUUCGGCUUCUGUCUAAAGCCCCUAAAGACGCGCAGCGGCACAAAAGGGCUAAAAAUUCUGUGCACAGAGGAUGAGCAGGCACGCACCUGUUGGCUCACCGCAAUACGUCUAUUUAAGUAUGGAGCCCAGCUGUACAAGAAUUACCAGAUAUCUAAGCGCAACCCUCGGUCAUGGGGUGAGCCACCCAAACAGCGCAGCGCGUCCGACAGCACCUUGGUCCCCAUGGACUUCUCAGGCUGCACGGGGAGAGUAAUAGAGAACCCUCUGGAGGCACUGUCUGUGGCUUUGGAAGAGGCUCAGUCCUGGAGGAAGAAAACAACUCACCGUUACAGCCUUCCCACCCCAUGUCAGGCCACCCCACCCAACAGUGCAGCAAUUCACAAAUCUCAAGCCUGGUACCAUGGGCGCCUGUCAAGAGAUGAGACUCAGCGGCUAAUCAUGCAGCAAGGGAUGGUGGAUGGAGUUUUCCUGGUACGGGAAAGUACGAGAAACGCCAAAGGCUUCGUCUUGUCUUUGUGCCACUUGCAGAAGAUCAAACACUACCUAAUCUUACCGUGUGAGGAAGAAGGCAGGCCUUACUAUUCAAUGGAUGACGGAGAGACCAAAUUCCUUGAUCUUAUCCAACUGGUUGAGUUCCAUCAGAUCAACAGAGGAAUCCUGCCUUGCACUCUGAAACACUACUGUACAAACGUGGCACUGUGACAGGGGCCUUGGCUGGGGUCUCUGAAAGAAGACCACUGGGAAGCCAUAGAAUGGGAUGACUGUUCCACUUUUACUGGUAUCACUCAGAUACAGUGUAGUAUUGUGGAUGGUUUGGUCCAACAGGGGGCUAGUAGCUGCAUGCCCAGCAUUAAGGCAAGUGAUACAAAAACGAUAGCUACCGAGGACUGAGGUAUGAGAAGAAACUCAAUAAGCUACAUUUUUUAAAAUCUAUGCUGGUGCAAAAGCUUCACGUGACUGUCAUGGCAGUCAAUAAGACAAUUUGGUUCCAAAGAAAGACUCACUUUCCCUUUUCUGUGGACGCCCACGAACAGAUGAAGAACGCUGGGUAAAUGCCAUGGUAAGUGGUGCGUCUGUUGCUGAGAGCACUGUACUGUAAAUAUCAACACGGCCAGUCGAUGGUCAGAUGUUUUAUAUGGUAAAUCCUAACUAUAUAUAUAUUUUUGACAUCUAUUUUUGCUUAUUUUUGUACAAAAACACUCUAACCUCAUUCUGCUUAUGAAGAGAACAUUUUAUUUAUAUCUACCCAGACGUGACACGUAAUAAAAAAAAAAAAAAAGAGAGGAAAAGCUGCACUACCCAAA